AACUUAAUAUUUUGAUCGGCUACCUAUACCCGAUGGACGCUAACAAAGAGCCGUCAAUCAACAUGGACAAUUCAGAGAUAGUUGUUCUUAGUUCAGAUGAUGAAAAUGAUUCACAGAAUUCUCAUGAUAAUAUUUUGAAUGGAAAAGGUCCCAGUAGUGUUAUAUCUGUUGACGAUGAUGAUAAUACUAAUAAUGACGUAUCUGCCGAAAGUGAUUGUGAGAUCUUAAGUGUUGAAGAUUUGCAAGGUGAAGAGAAGUGGCGUGACAUUCAUGGUCCAUUCAAGCGACUGAAUAGGCUCAUACAAGCUGGCUUUAAUGAUCCGCGGUUAUUACUGGUUCGUGUUUUUGGGAUGGAUGAAGACUCUUUACCAUCUGAUCCUAAUCAUGUAUUAAGUUUAUUAUUGACACUUUUGGCUGAACCUGCUCCACGACGCAGACUGCGUCAUAUUAAUAGUUUAGAAAAAGUUCUGUCACUUUUGUCUACUUGCACCUCAAUCCUUGUAAUCACUGGUGCUGGGAUUUCAGUGUCAUGCGGAAUUCCUGAUUUUCGUUCUCGUGAUGGUAUUUAUGCUCGCUUAUCUCGGGAUUUUCCGGAUCUAUCAAGCCCUCAGGCAAUGUUUGAUAUGUCAUAUUUCAAACGAAAUCCAAUUCCUUUCUUUAAAUUCGCUAAGGAGCUCUUUCCUGGUCAGUUUCAACCUUCAAUCACUCACCGAAUGAUUGCUUUACUGGAGUCCAAAGGAAAAUUGUUGCGUAACUACACACAAAAUAUCGAUACUUUGGAACAGGCUGCUGGGAUUACUCGACUUAUCCAGUGUCAUGGUUCAUUUGCAUCAGCCACAUGUACAAAUUGCAAGCUUAAAGUUUCAUCUGAUUUCAUUAAAGAAGCUAUUUUCACACAGUCUAUACCACGAUGUACACAAUGUUGGCCGUCGAAAAUCGAUUCACCAUCAUCAUCAUCUUCACUAAUAUCACAUGAAAUGAAUGAUUCAGAAUCCACAAAUCAUUCAUCUGAUUUAUCAAAUGUCGACGAAAAUUCUAAUUCCGUUAAUAAUGAUGAUGAACAUAAUAAUAAUAAUAAUAAUAAUAAUAAUAAUAAUAAUAAUAAUAUGUCAACUGAUACACCUCCACAAGUUAAAUCAAAGCGAAAUAAUAAAUCUCGACGUAAACUAGCUUCAUAUGGUGUAUUAAAACCGGAUAUAGUGUUUUUCGGUGAAGGUUUAUCAAAUGAAUUUCAUGACUCGCUUUCCAAUGAUAUAAAACAAACUGAUCUAGUUUUAGUCAUUGGAUCAUCUUUAAAAGUUCGACCUGUCUCUCAUAUUCCUAAUGCUGUUCCCAGACAAGUUCCACAAAUACUUAUUAAUAGAGAACCGUUAUCCAAUCACGAUUUCGAUGUUGAACUUCUGGGAAAUUGCGAUACUAUUGUUAGCGAAUUAUGUCAUCGAUUGGGUUGGGAAGUUCCAGGAUUAUCAGACUAUACGCCCCUCACUGAAGUCCCUUUAAAUUCACUAAAAAUUACAAGUGAACUAUUAAAACCCAAUGAAAGAUCUUCAAAUGUAUCUCAUCUCACUGCUCAGGACACAGGAUCUUUGGAACUAGCAGACAAUGAGUCUGAAACAAAUAGUAAUGCAGAAGUUGAUAAGAAAACUUACAACCCUACCGUUGAUCCUACAUCUGACAAUUCUUCAGAAGUGAUUCAUGGGGAUCCUCCAAAUGAUGAUGCCGUAAUUGAAGUUAGUGAGGAUGAAGAUGAAGAGUUUGCGUGGGAGGUGGCGUCAAGUUUACCACCUGGAACAUUUACUCGUAUUUAUCCAAAUCAAUAUGUUUUCUCUGGUGCUGAAAUUUAUUUAGAAAGUAAACCCGGUGAAAUGACUGUUUCGUGUAAUGCUUCAGAUAUUUCUACUACAUCGAAUCCAUCUUCAUUAUCAUCAUCAUCAUCAGCAUCAUCUGUUUCCGGUCAUAAUGAUGAUUUAGAUAAGAUAAAUGAUUCAUUUAAAAAUGAAUCUAUUUCUAUUGAUAUAACUGAAAAAGAAGAGUCCAGUAUUCAUUCAUCUGAUUCACGUAGAUCUUUAAAACGGCAUAAUUCCAAUGAGAAUCUUUCAUUGAAUGAAGAACAAUCAUCAUCAUCAUCGUUAAAACAACCUCGUUCUAUGUAAAAAAAAAUAAAAAGAAGGAAUAAGAGACAAAAACAAUAGGAAAAAAGUAAACGAGAAAACAACUAAGAAAAAAAAAAGAACUUCAAUAAAACAAGGUUGACAACAACAAAAAACAUGUUAGCUAUUCUGAUCCGUUUCUUUUUGGUUCAUCUCAUUGUUGCUGCUUGUAUAUGUAUGAUAAAAGAUUCUAGUAUAUCAUCCGCCUUUCAUUAUUAUUAUACAUUCAAUUUUUGUACAUUAACGCCAUCAAUAAAAAUAUAUAUUUGUAAACAGCUCACAUUCUUUUGUUUAUGGUUUGUUUAAUACCUUGACGAUCUAUUUGUGUGUGUUGAUCUUUAAUUAUUUUUUUCUCUCUGGGACAUUUAAUCACCACCAACCACCACCACCACCUGUUAAUGAAAUUUGGUCAUUCAUUUUUCAAUUAGUUAACUUAACUCAGAUUUUUUUUAUAAAAAGUAAAUAAAAGGUUAUUAUUAUUGUUCUUCAAUCAUGCGUAUACAUGUAUUUUUCUCACUAAAAAAUUCUUCCCUCCUUUCUUUGCCCCCACCUAGUGUUAAUUUAUUCAUAAUGAAUUAUGAACAUUUUUUUCCAUGCAUUUGUGUACACUAAAAAUUUGUUUGUUUUUUUUCAAUUUUAUUUAUUACAAACAAUUGGUAUAUUAAUAAAAUAAAGAUUUUUUUUUAAAAAAA